AUGCGAACCUCGAGAAUUGCCAAAGAGACGUCGAACCUCAUUGACGCAACCGCUGGGGCAUCCCAAAUUCGCCGAAGCACCAGAUCAUCCAUUGCCAAAUUCGCGCGCCAUACUGAAAGCAAAGAGGAUGGCUCAUCGGAAGGAGCAUCACGGGCUGUAGACAUUGAAGAUGUUAUACCUUUACGGAAGCGGAAGCGCGAUGCUCCCCGAACGCCUCAGCAGAAAACGACCAUGGUCAAGACCGAAAUCGAAGACAGUGUCAAUAUCUCGCCUGCCAGAUCGCGCAAGGUUCGCAAACCUGCGCGCAAGGUUAAGAAUGAACAAGGGGAAGUAGAAAUCCAUCCUCCAAACGAUUGGGCGGAGGUAUAUGCGGCGAUGAAAGAAAUGAGGGUGUCCGGCGUUGCUCAGAACGCUGCCGUGGAUACAAUGGGAUGCGAACGGCUUGGACAAGACGAUGUCAGUCCAAAAGUUAAAAGAUAUCACACCCUCACUGCUUUGAUGCUCUCCUCUCAGACGAAAGACACAACGAACGCUUUAGCGAUGGGACGAUUACAGACCGAAUUGCCAGCAUAUAAAGAAGGAGAACCAAUAGGGUUGAAUCUUGAAAACAUUCUGGCCGUAGACCCUGUGCUCCUUAACGAGUUGAUAUGGGCCGUUGGCUUUCAUAACAACAAGACCAAGUACAUCAAAGCUACCGCGGAAAUCCUAAGGGAUAAAUUUGGGGGCGAUAUACCUGAUACUAUAGAGGGCAUGAUUUCCUUGCCGGGGGUUGGUCCAAAAAUGGCAUAUCUUUGUAUGAGUAGUGCGUGGGGCAGGACUGAAGGCAUUGGUGUUGAUGUGCACGUUCAUCGUAUUACUAAUCUAUGGGGAUGGCAUCAGACGAAGAAUCCCGAGGAAACUCGUCUCGCGUUACAGUCAUGGCUACCUCGAGAGCUUUGGCAUGAAAUCAAUUGGCUUCUUGUUGGUUUCGGACAGAAAAUAUGUUUGCCAGUGGGACGAAAAUGCGGCGAAUGUGAACUAGGACUGAACGGACUUUGCAAGGCUGCCGAGCGUAGCAAGGUCACUUUGGGAAGAAAGAUACGGGAGGAGAAGAUUAAAGCAGAUGAGGACGGCAAUACAAUGGAAAAGGAAGAAACAGUCAAAAUCGAGGAGAUCUCAAAAGAUAUCCCUGUAAACGAGGACCCUGGGGAUACCCUUGAUCUCGAUGCUUUGUCGCAUUCAAACAAACGCAACACGGAAGACAAAGACACGAGCGUGUUGACGGACAUCCCCAGUGAUCCCGAACAGGUGGACUUAAGAACUGGGGACAAAGCCAACUUAUGA